AUGUCGAAGUAUCUCCGGGACACUGGGUCUGAGAAUGAUCGUAUUAGCCAUGUUAAAAGAACGACUAAUAGUGCGGCUCACAUUAUGGCUCAUAGUAAGACGAACUGGGAGAGUAGAGAAGUGUGGAUUGACAGGCUGCCGAUUUUCCUUGUUGACCAGCUGGUGCUGGAUAAUGUAACCCCAAUUUUACCUUAA